AUGGACGAGAAAGAAGUAAAAGCCCCGGCUCUCGAGAGCACGGCUACGACUCCUCGCAAUCUUUCCAAGAGUGAGAUCGAGAUCGCCCCCAAGGAAGGCUAUGAAGCACCCAAGGCAAAGGCUGAGCAGCUCGAGAAUGCUCGUGGCGAUGAGUCCGACAACCUCAUCCACGAUCUCGAGAGGGAGCUCGAAGCGAGCGGUUACAAGAAGGGUUUCCUUGACAUGGAGUUCAAGAACACGAAGCACUUCACCUGGAUCCUGGUAGCCUUCGCCUCCAUGGGAGGUCUGCUCUCCGGUCUGGAUCAGAGUCUGAUUUCCGGCGCGAAUUUGACGCUGCCGCGAGAUCUCGACUUCUCUGCCCAGCAGAACUCCAUGGUCAACUCUGGCAUGCCCCUAGGAGCUGUCGCCGGUGCUUUCCUUAUCUCGCCGUGCAACGAAUACUUCGGUCGACGAUGGGCCAUCAUCAUCUCCUGCAUCUUGUACACAAUUGGCGCUGCACUUGAAGCCGGUGCCGUCAGCUACGGUAUGAUGGUUGCCGGUCGUGUCAUUCUCGGAGCCGGUGUCGGUCUCGAGGGUGGAACUGUCCCUGUCUACGUCGCCGAAACCGUCGAGGCCCGCAUGCGAGGUAACCUCGUCUCCCUGUACCAGUUCAUGAUUGCCCUCGGCGAAGUUCUUGGCUAUGCUGUUGCUGCCAUGUUCAUCACCGUCAACGGUAGCUGGCGCUACAUCCUUGGUAGUUCGCUCAUCUUCAGUACCAUCAUGGGUGUUGGAAUUCUCUUCAUGCCAGAGUCACCCAGAUUCCUGAUGCACAAGGGCAAGACUCUUGAGGCCUUCAAGGUCUGGAAGCGCAUUCGAGGUAUUGAGACCCGCGAAGCGCGAGAGGAAUUCUUCAUCAUGAAGAUCAGUACCGAAGAAGAGGAAGCUGAGGUCAAUGCUGGCCGCACCAACAAAUUUCCCUGGAUGGAUUUCUUCACCAAACCUCGCGCUCGCAGGGCGAUUAUCUACGCCAAUAUCAUGAUCUUCUUGGGUCAGUUCACCGGAAUUAAUGCGAUCAUGUACUACAUGAGUGUUCUCAUGAGCCAGGUUGGCUUCGACACUUAUGACGCGACCUACAUGUCCCUGGUAGGAGGUGGAUCCCUUCUCAUCGGUACGAUUCCCGCCAUCUUCCUCAUGGAAACCUGCGGACGUCGCUUUUGGGCUAUUGCUAUGUUGCCGGGAUUCUUCAUCGGUCUCGUUCUGGUUGGUAUCAGCUACCAACUCAACACUCUUUCCGCACAAUUGGGCGUCUAUCUUACUGGUCUUAUCCUCUACGAGCUAUUCUUCGGUUCGUACGCUGCGCUCACCUGGGUCGUUCCCUCUGAAGUGUACCCCACCUACCUCCGUUCGUACGGUAUGACGACCUCUACCGGAUGGCUCUUCCUCUCCUCUUUCAUUGUCACGUAUAACUUUACUGGCAUGCAGAACGCCAUGACUAAGACUGGUCUGUCGCUUGGAUUCUACGGCGGUAUCGCUGUGGUUGGAUGGUUCUACCAGAUCUUCUUCAUGCCUGAGACUAAGGACAAGACCCUUGAGGAGAUCGACCAGCUAUUCCAGAAGCCGACCAGGCAGUUGGUCAGAGAGAACGCGAAGAGCGCGAUGGAGGUCACUAAUGACCUGCUUCACUUCCGCUUUCACAAGGUGUUCAUUCAGAACAACCGACGUGGCGCCGAGUAG